AUGGGAAUCCGAACCCAAUAAAAAAAAUCUACACUUCGGAAUAUUUUACUCGCUUUUUAACUUCUAGGGCGGGAGAUAACUCGCAAAAUCGAAUCACUCUCAUAUGCCAAACUAGCCUUGCAUUUCACCAAUCGAAUCCUUUCCUCUUGGUGCGCUCAAUCUCACAUCUACUUUUCUGUUUCCCUUUCUCUAAAUUUUCCAUGUUGUAAAAGCUAGAUAUCGAUAUACACAAUGGGUUACAUAGGUGGCCAUGGCAUCAAUGCACUGCAUAGAUACAAGUACAGUGGAGUUGAUCACUCUUAUCUCGCAAAAUAUGUCCUGCAACCUUUCUGGACUCGAUUUGUUACUUUUUUCCCUCUUUGGAUGCCUUCUAUUGGAGAUGAAGUCCUGGUUCAUGUACGCAUUUCUGAUACAAACCCAUUGUUUUUUGUUUUCUUGCAUGUUGUGUUGUGGACACCUCAGGCCUAAUAUGAUUACACUCAUGGGAUUCAUGUUCUUGCUCAUAUCUGCAGUGCUUGGUUAUAUAUAUUCACCACAUUUGGACUCUGCUCCACCAAGAUGGGUUCAUUUUGCCCAUGGACUACUUCUCUUCUUGUAUCAGACCUUUGAUGCUGUUGAUGGAAAACAAGCUAGAAGGACAAGUUCUUCCAGCCCAUUAGGAGAACUUUUUGAUCAUGGAUGUGAUGCACUUGCAUGUGCUCUAGAGGCUCUGGCUUUUGGGAGCACUGCUAUGUGUGGAAGAAAUACAUUUUGGUUUUGGGUGAUUUCAGCUGUUCCUUUUUAUGGUGCCACAUGGGAACAUUAUUUCACCAACACUUUAAUCCUUCCAGCAGUAAAUGGGCCUACAGAGGGUCUCAUGCUUAUAUAUGUGGCACAUUUCUUUACAGCUAUUGUUGGUGCACAGUGGUGGGCUCAGAGUUUUGGAGAGUCCAUUCCCCUCUUAAGUUGGGUUCCAUAUAUAAAUGGAAUCCCUACGUAUGGAGCUGUUUUGUUGUUUAUGAUUGCUUUUGCUGUUAUACCUACUGUCACAUUCAAUGUUCAGAAUGUUUAUAAGGUUGUGCAGUCUAGAAAAGGAAGCAUGAUAAAUGCCUUGGCUAUGCUUGUCCCAUUCUUUGUGCUAUUGGUAGUAGUUAUUCUCUGGGAUUGUAUGUCUCCAUCUAAUUUAAUCGACAACUACCCACAUAUGGUGGUGAUGGGAACUGGACUAGCUUUUGGAUUCCUUGUGGGAAGGAUGAUAUUGGCUCACUUGUGUGAUGAACCCAAGGGAUUGAAAACAAGCAUGUGCAUGUCCUUGCUUUAUCUCCCACUUGGAAUUGCAAAUACAAUCACUGCAGGGUUAAAUGAAGGAAUUCCAUUGGUUGAUGAGAAAUGGGUUCUUCUUGGUUUCUGUAUAUACACAGCUGCACUGUAUCUGCACUUUGCCACGUCAGUUAUUCAUGAAAUAACAACAGCUCUUGGAAUUUACUGCUUUAGAAUCACAAAGAAGGAGGCUUGAGACAUGUUCAUCAUGAAACUCACACGUGGGAAUGGUGCCUUGAAGAUCCUUAUGUCUUUGUUUGUAACCAUAACAUAUCAUGUCCUAUCUUACAAAUGUAGUGUAGCAUUUAGAUGCAGACUUUUUACUUCUUUUUUACUUUAUCAUAAUGCGGUUUAUUUGUUUUUCUUUUUAGAAAUUUUAAUUAUAAUUAGCUUAUAGGGUUUCUUUAUGUGUUUUUUAAUAUCAUAUUUCUCUUCUCAUCUCA